AUGAAAUAUAACCUUGAACAAAGAAAACAAGCCACAAAAAUCUCAGAGACGGCAGAGAAACACACCGAAAAACAAGGGUCAUCCUCACAGGCAGACCAUCAAAAACCGGUACCUGAUGACAUCAUCAGGUGGAACCGAUCCUCUGUAAAAUACAGAAGUAAAAUAGAGGCGCUCCGGAAAGAUCCCUCCAGGAAGAAGGUUGGAAAUAUCCAUUUCUCUAAAAGUAAUAACUACCAGAUUGGCUCCGGAGGAAGUAGCACGGUAUAUCUUGGCCUGAAGGAAGAUGGCACUGAAGUGGCCAUUAAACGAAUAAUCAAGGACCAACAGGAAACCAAACACUUUGAAAAUGAACUAAAGCUUCUACAGGAUUCAAGUCUUGAGAGCAAGAACAUCGUCAAGUAUGUGGACUUAGCAGAGGAUGAAGACUUUUAUUAUCUUGCACUACAGCUUUGUGAAUAUGAUCUGGAGGAUUACAUGAAAAUUCUUCGUCAGAAACAACAAAAAGACAAAGACACCGCUUUGAGGAAAAUAGUGGAGGAGAUUCUUCAUGGCCUUCAAGUUCUUCACCGUGCUGAAGUGAUGCAUCGUGAUAUAAAGCCUGGAAAUGUUUUGAUGGAUUCAGGAGAAAACGCGAGGCUGGCCGACUUCGGCUUGAGUCGCACACUGAAGGACGGCAGAAGCACGCUGCACACUGCUAGAGCUGGCACUCGUGGCUGGGAAGCAACCGAGAUCCUGAAUCAACACACAGGUUACAAGAAGAGCUCAGACAUCCAGGUUGCUGGGAUGUUGGUGUUCUACAUCCUCUCUGACGGGAAACAUCCCUUUGGGGACGUGAAGGAUCGUGAGGAGAACAUCAAGACAGGGCAGUACGUUCUUCAAGAUUUGCAGGAUACAGUAGCAGAGGAUCUCGUAGCUUGGAUGAUCAAUAAAGAACCGGCAGAAAGACUGACCAUUGAUGAGGUCCUAGGUCACCCUUACUUCUGGGAUGAUGACCGGCAAGAUGCAGUCCUUAGAAAGCUGGGUGAUAGGCCUGAAAUUCAGAAAUACGAGACUUUAGCUAAAUUUCAUGACCUGUACAUGAAAGAUAAGGAGCACACAGAGGGAAGAGAGCCGACAGCAACGCUGACCAUUUACGAGGCCUUGAUGUACUUAAAAUUGAGAAUGAGAAGAAGAGAAAAGACAUUAUUGCUAUAGUGGGUGAGGAUUUAAAUGACCUUUGGAAGCUCUUCAACACUGCGGAGGACGUCACAAAGGGAAAAAGUUUUUUUGAUUGGCAAUCAAAGCUUUCAGGUAUAUGGCCAGAUGUUAACAAUAAGCUUCUGGGGGACGUUCUUGGCCUGCUGCGUUUUUUGCGCAACAAACUAGUGCAUACAGAAGACUUUAAAGAAAAGAAGAUAUUUGUUCUCUUCCCAGACUUCUUUAUCAGUAUACACAGAGUGGCUAAAGACUUGAACUGGGAAUACUGAAAAUGCAGAGAAGACACACUAUAUGUGUUCAUUCUAGCAGCAAGCCAAACUGUUUUGAACUUUUGACAGUUAAAUUAUCAUUUUCAAAUGGUCCUGAUAUCAUUGUGAUUGGAGGUUAUCGUCCACCGUCACUUCACUUACCGAUCUUCUUCACAACUGGACCAACUCAGAGCUGAUUUUACUUGGGGAUUUAAACUGGGACUGGACAUCAAAACAUCUGAUCCAUUCAAGGAUAUUUAUGAAUUAUUUGGAUGGGAUCAUGUAUACUCACACAGAUAUCAAGAUUCAGCGUAUGAACCUCAACAAUGGUGACAGGCAACAAAAUAUUCAGAUCAACUCUGAACAUCACAAAACAAGCUUUUCGUUAACUGUUGACUUUCAGUGUUGGACUAUGGUGAUGUGGUUUAUAUUGUAGGAUCAGAACGAGUCAGACAAAUUAAGAUUCGAUCAGAACAUUGAAACCUGAGGAGCUGAAAUUCCAGAGAAGCCCAACAGGACGUCAUAAAUCAGAUUCCUAGCCCCAGCUAUCCUGAAGAAAGCCUAACCAGCAAGUCUCUUUUACAAAACAGCUUGCAACAUUGAGACAAAAGAACACUUAUUGAUAAUUCCAAUUCAGGAAGGAGACAGUCAAAUUAUGGGCAAGUAACCAAGACUGAUGGUCAAAGAGAUGGCCAUCACAUUUGUCCCACGAUAGAAAUCACGAGCUUCCUUAGAUUGACUCUUCCUUAGAAGUGAACAUCGACGGGAACCUGAGGGAGCACAGGAGGCACAGCAGCACCGCGAACACGGCCGUCAUCGCGGACAAACGCAUGUUUAGCGCAUGGAUGAUGGACGGGGUUGGGUUUUAUUGUUUACAGCUUCAGUCUGGGUUUGGGGGCUUUGCGUGCUGACGUCAGCGAGCCCCUCCCCCACGCCACGCAGGCAAAGCCGAGAUUUACAGCAAACACUAAAUUAAUUAAUAGUGUGAGCUAACUGAGGGAAAAAAAAAAAAUUGCAAUAUUUUUUUAAAAGCAAAAAUAUCUCAUAGAGAGAAUUUUUUCCCCCGUAACUCUAUAAUUGAGAAUAUUGAUUGGAGAAGAGCUGGUUUAUAAUAACCAGGAACAAGCUGGUUUAUUCCUAUUAAACACUGCAUUAAUAAUAAAAUACUACAUUUUAUACUGCACUUCAAAAUUCUACAUACCAUUUACCCUUCUGAUUCUUUAAUAUCGAGAUCCGCUGAUGUGUGCUGUUUUUAUUGUGAUGAAGUCUUAUUUUCUGACUGUAAAGUGUAAACAGGUUUUGGAUGAAUUUGGCAGAGUUUAUAUUUAGUUUAAUGAAUAUUAAUUAUUGCUUUACUUUAAAGGAUGUUAUCUUGUAUUCUGAAAACAAAAGCAAUAAAGGUCUAGAAUUUAUUGUUAACCAUUUUAUUUUAUUAGCAAAAUUUCACAUACAAACAAAAAUAUCUGAUAUUCUUCUGAUAUUGACUUUAAGACUGUGAAAAAAUAAAAAGUCUGUGACCUGUUUAAAACACUAUGAUACAGUCUUCAGUAAUAUCUUGAUUUGUUAAAACUGAAUGUGAGCUAUGCUUUUUUUUUUGGUUCUUAUUUGUUUAUAAUUUGUAUUGUUAUUAUUUUAUAUGUUCCCUUUUCUCCAAUUAAAAAAAAAAAAAAGACUGAGUGAUGCAUUAAAUCAGACAUUAGAUUCAGAAGUGCAAGCUGACUAAACUGGGAAGCGUUUAUUUUUCUUGAUGACUUCUUACAGUAAUAACAUACAGUGAAUAAUUAUGAUUAUAAGCAAUAACAGUAAGAUGCAAGUCAAAUACUGGUAGGCUAAACUGAGGUAAGAAAGCAAAAAUAAUAACAAACACUAGUUAUAUAAUGUGAGAGUUGAAAGUCUUGUUGAAUGAGUGAAUAUUUGAGGUAUCUUUGCAGCCAAGUUAAGGAUGCUCUGUGGCUGCUUAAAACUCUAUGUAAAGAUGUAAUAGCACAUAAAAGCAUGCCUGCUGAAGUAAGUUCCUCUCCUCAGCCCAUAGUUCUUAAAACAGAUCCUGAUCCCCGGUGCAGGAACAAUAAAGCACUCGAGUCUGUGUACUAACUCAAGUGUUUCCUUUAUUUUUCUCUCUACUGUUACAUAUUUAAGGUUGUUAUAAGCUAUAAUU